UCAUAACCUCACGGUGCUCGAGGUAUCCAGAAAUGAAAGCGCACUGCACCAUUAGAGACUCAGAGUUAAAUAUUUUCGGUGGAGUGGACAAAAUUACUAGCCACAUCAUAGGCGGACAGCUCUGGAUCGCGGUGGCCCCCCCUUCAGCCAACUAUGUAGGAAUCGUGAGGGUGGACCUCGCUUCGCCGACGGCGGCCGAGUCCAGUCAGAUUAUCCCUGGAGAAGGCUUGGUGGGCGGCCUGUUUAUGUUCGAGGCGGCGGGCGAGUUGUAUUUGGUCGUCGGCGCCAAGGACCCAGCCGGCGAUGGUUCAUUUCAUGCCAGAUCUCGAUUAUAUCGACUGAAUGGCAAUUACUUUGAUCGCCAAGAUGAGCUAGUUCAGAACCAAGGAUGUGUAUGA